AUGAGAGACGUAAUUGUAUGUAUACUAGCAGCUCCUUUUAUUAUACAAUUAUCGGCUGCCACCGUCGUACUCAAUUCUAUCUCCGCCUCUUUUCCUAAUCUCCCCGCCAAAUUUGAGGGCUCGGUCCCGAGAAACGGAAUAUGUGGAGCUCUGUUCGUGGCAGAUCCUCGCGACGGUUGCUCUCCGCUUCUGCUCGCAUCUAACUGGACUCAACAGAGAACUACUAAGUUGGCUCUGAUUAUCAGAGGCGGAUGUUCUUUCGAGGAUAAGCUGCUCCAUGCCCAGGACUCCGGUUUUCAAGCUGUGAUUGUCUAUGACAACUUUGACAACCAAGAUCUCGUCAUUAUGAAGGUGAACACUCAGGACAUUACACUUGCUGCUGCAGUCUUCGUUUCAAAUGUUGCCGGUAACCUCUUGAGCAAGUAUGCUAGAGGCCGAGAGGGUGAAUGCUGCAUUUAUCCCCCCACCAAGGGCACUGCUUGGACUGUCCUCGCCAUCUCUUUCUUCUCUCUCCUUCUUAUCAUUACCUUCCUCUUGCUUGCCUUCUUUGCUCCCCGACACUGGCGAGCCAGGCACAACCGCACCAUCACACUAGAUCCUACCCUCGUCCGCACCCUCCCCACCUUCACCUUCACUGAUUCUCUUCACGGAGAUACAUGUGCCAUAUGCCUCGAGGAUUAUAGAUUUGCAGAGUCUCUCAGGCUACUUCCCUGCCAACAUGCUUUUCACUUGAGUUGCAUCGACUCUUGGUUGACAAAAUGGGGUACAUCCUGCCCCGUGUGCAAGCAUGAUGAUAUAAGAACUGACACUAUGUCAUCCGAGGUACUUAAACGAGAUAGGUCAAGAACAGGUACAAGUACUGGUGGAUUUACCUUUGCUCAAUCCAGUCAAAGCCUUUAA